AGAAAAGACAAUAGAGCGUUAUUAUUAACUCUAGUGGAUUUCUCCAAAGGCAGGAAAAAAAGACGGUAUUUUUUUUUACCUCCGAAAAAAUAUAUAUACUUUAACGCUACACAUGUAACGUUAAACAGCAUAACAACCAAAAAUAUCGUUGUUUGACUGGAUGUAGCAAACUUAAGGUAAGGCGACCGAACUCGAGUGAGCUGCUAGCUGAACACAGCGUCCAUACUAUGCUAACUCGUUCAGCUAGGAAAAGUUGGCACAAAAGUUGAGAAGUUUACUUACAUAUUUUUAAAUAAAUGAUCAGUAUUAAAGCGUCUCCACAAGCAAGACCGAGUUCGUCAUUACUCGCUCGCUCACUGGAGGGUUAAAACUAGGCGUUGCGACAUUUCAAGUUUUAAUAAAAAAAAAGUUUGUCUACUUUCACUUGACAGCAGCGUGUUAAUGAACAUUAGCAUACACUGGCAGCUAUGACUUUCAUGUACUUCCAAUGUUAACACGUUGACGACUAGUAUCUGACGUCGUUUAGACAUCAGCAUAACAUCACAGUCGCACUGAGAACGUAUAGUUGUACUUGAGUUACUUUGUGAGUUGUCUUUAACACACUACGUCUGAUUUGUUUACAUGACAGAUAACCUGGAGUUGAAGCACUUUCCAGACUCCCCUCAACAUAUAAUGUGAAAAGAAUCCAGGUGGAACAAUAUAGACUAAAACAGAGCAGUGCAAACAAAGAACUCAAGAUUUCUGCCAUUGGCACAUGAAUGUAUUAAGCACUCAAGACACCACAGUGUAACAUACACCAAUGAACAGGAUUGAUAUUUUCUGCAAAGAUAAGAUGACCUUUUAGAUAAACACCCUAAAUUAAACAUUAUCAUGUAUGUCCGGUUAUUUAUUUAUUCAUAUGAAUGUUCAUUUCUCCUUUUUUGGAGCAAUAGCUUGUAAAUAAACAUAAUUCACACACAGGGCUCUUCUUUUCAAGGGUCCUGUUGCCAGAUAGUCACAAAGAGCAGUGCAGUUUUUAUUAUUUUAGUUUCUACAGCUUCAGAGAUCAGGGACAAAAAUCACUGUAGAGAAUAUUGGCAACAUGGCUACAGCAAGGACAGCAAACCCUGCAGCGAUGCAGGCCUUGAACAAAGCUGCAAAUGGGCAACUCGCAGAACUAACCAAGCUUGCUGCAGCUCCUCCACAGUCGGGAUUCAGUGGGAGGCAGCAGCCCCCCAAAAGGAGCAGUAUUCCUCAGACUAGCAGGGGUAUUAAGUUUGGAGAUGAUUGGAAAAAGUGCCUGGAACUUCCUCCAAAAGACAACCGAAUGAAAACAUCGGAUGUGACUUCAACCAAAGGAAACGAAUUUGAAGACUACUGCCUCAAGAGGGAACUUCUCAUGGGCAUCUUUGAAAUGGGAUGGGAAAAGCCGUCCCCUAUUCAGGAGGAGAGCAUCCCCAUUGCCUUGUCGGGCAGAGAUAUCCUAGCUCGUGCCAAAAAUGGAACGGGAAAAAGUGGCGCCUACCUCAUUCCUCUCUUGGAGAGGAUAGACCUGAGAAAGGAUCACAUUCAAGCCUUAGUUAUAGUGCCCACGAGAGAGUUGGCUCUGCAAGUGAGCCAGAUCAGUAUUCAACUCAGCAAGCACCUUGGGGGAAUCAAGGUCAUGGCUACCACCGGGGGUACCAACCUGAGGGAUGACAUCAUGCGCCUAGAUGACACAGUGCAUGUAGUGAUUGCCACACCAGGAAGAAUACUGGACCUGAUGAAGAAGGGUGUGGCUAAAGUUGAUAAGACACAGAUGAUGGUGAUGGAUGAGGCAGAUAAGCUCCUCUCUCAAGAUUUUGUGGUCAUCAUCGAAGAGAUUAUCGGCUUCCUACCGAGAAAUCGGCAGAUUCUGCUUUAUUCUGCGACCUUCCCCAUCAGUGUGCAAACAUUCAUGAGCAAACACUUGCAGAAACCGUAUGAGAUCAACCUGAUGGAGGAGCUGACCUUGAAGGGCAUCACUCAGUAUUAUGCUUACGUGACUGAAAGGCAAAAGGUCCACUGUCUCAAUACACUAUUUUCUAGGCUUCAGAUCAAUCAGUCCAUCAUAUUCUGUAACUCCACUCAGAGGGUGGAGCUUCUGGCCAAAAAAAUCACCCAACUGGGAUACUCGUGCUUCUACAUCCAUGCCAGGAUGAUGCAGGAGUACAGGAACCGCGUGUUUCACGACUUCAGGAAUGGACUGUGCAGGAACCUGGUCUGCACAGACCUGUUCACUCGAGGAAUUGACAUCCAGGCGGUCAACGUGGUCAUCAACUUUGACUUUCCCAAAAGUGCAGAGACCUACUUGCAUCGUAUUGGAAGAUCAGGGCGCUUUGGUCACUUCGGUCUAGCCAUCAAUCUGAUAACUUCGGAAGACCGCCACACCCUGAAGAGCGUCGAGGACCAGCUGGUCACCGACAUAAAGCCCAUCCCUAGCAACAUUGAUAAGAGCCUUUAUGUUGCCGAGUUUCACUCUGUGGACCCAGAAGACGACGACGACGACCACCACCACCACAACCACCACCAUCAUGGCAACAAUGAACCCAAUAAUACCAAACUUGCUCCAGCCUGAGUAAAUGUGGAAUAACUGAUGGCAACUAGCAUGGCAAAUAUUUGGCUCAAGACACCAUGUGAAGAUUGUCCAAUGUCACUUUUUUUCGCUUUGUUUACUGCAGUUACCUACUCUGUUUGUGUAUCACGCAUCACCAGGUUUUUCUCCUUUCAUAUUUCAUCACCUGACAUGUAAGACUUCAACACAACCUCUUCUCACAGUGGAAGCACUCCUUGGCAUGAUUGCUGGAUGUGGUAAUAUCAACCAUAUUGUCACUGUCCAACAAAAUGAUAUCUCCAAGUUUUGUCAUUUUUUUUCUUUUUAUCAAACGAGGACCAUUUUGACUUUUUUUUUUGGGCGACAUUUUUCCAAAUCUUUACAGAGACCUUUAUUAAUUAAAAAAAAAAGGCUUUAUCUCGAUGAACAAUCUUGAUUUCUUAGAAGAAUCGUAAAAAAUGACUUUUUAAAAUACAAUUUCUUUUCAGCUUUUUCAUUUCAAAAGUGGGAUUUCUUUGUUUGGCCAAGUACAAUACCAGCUAGCACCAGCAUGGGCGCUGUCUAACUGCCCUUUAGAAUGUUCAAUUAUGAAGGGUCAUGACCAAAAGUUAUUCCACAGUGUGAAAGAGAAUGGCAAAGGUUUAUUUUCUGUAUGGUGUCAAUGCCAAUGCCCAAAAUAAAAAUCACAUGAGCUUUA